UUAGAGGCGGAAAACAAGAAAAAUAAUAUUCUGAACCAAUGGACUGCAGACACAGUACAGGAGAUGACCAGAGACUGCAGACACAGUACAGGAAAUGACCAGAGACUGCAGACAGUACAGGAGACGACCAGAGACUGCAGACAUAGUACAGGAGAUGACCAGAGACUACGGACAGUACAGGAGAUGACCAGAGACUGCGGACACAGUACAGGAGAUGACCAGAGACUGCAGUCACAGUACAGGAGAUGACCAGAGACUGCAGACACAGUACAGGAGAUGACCAGAGACUGCAGACACAGUACAGGAGAUGACCAGAGACUGCAGACACAGUACAGGAGAUGACCAGAGACUGCGGACACAGUACAGGAGAUGACCAGAG